UUGCAAAUUACAAUUUUCGUGCCCAACAGAAUUAGUGAAAGGCAUAAUGGAAUUGAAUGAAAAUUAGAAUUUGUUUCUGACAGUGAUCAACAGUGUCUUGGUGUAAAACACAACACUGCGAGUUAUACCAUUUGUGCGGUACUUCGAUAAGACAGGAUGACGAUUUCGAAAAGUACGCUUCGCGGAUCGAAUCGCAUUAAAGAAAAUGAUAAAAGGCGCAUUGUGGACGAGACAUCGCGGAAACGCCGUCAUCGUAAAAUUAUGGAACUGCUGGAGUCUGACAAUUACCAGGAUGACCCCCAUGCCGAUUUGGUUAUGAGCAAAAAAGUGCCUAAAUUUGAUGAUAGUUUGGAACAGAGAUCGGGUAGAGCGAAAAAGAAAGAACGAUCUGUAGAUUAUUAUCAAUUCAAGUAUCGCAAAAAUUUCCAACAACUUGUAGAUGAAGACAGGACAGAAGCAGAGGUAAAUAGUAGGGUGUCGUAUAUGGACAUCCAAUGUGAAGAAUCCUCUUUGCCGGCGAGACGUUUUUGCGCGGUUUGUGGAUUUUUUGGUCAAUAUAACUGUUUAUCUUGUGGAACUAGAUACUGCAGCAUUCGAUGUAUGGAUACUCACAUGGAUACUAGGUGCCUAAAGUGGACUGCUUAGAGUAAAUACCUUUUUUCUCGCUAAAAUUUUGUGUUUUACAUGUUAUUUGUUUUCAUUCCUUUUUAAGUAA